AUGACAAGAAGAAAGUGUCAAUUUUCUUCAACGGAGGCCCUGCUCAGCACCCUUUUCCUUGUCCUGCUGGUUGUGUGUCUGGGUCUCAUCACCACCACUUGGCUUGCCCUGCAUCCUUCCCAGGGACCUAACGGAGCGGCACUGAGGGGCAGCCUGGUCAUUUCAAAGGGUGCUGUAUUCACAGAGGAGCUUCGCAACUCGUCGACCCCACAGUAUAAAGCCCUGGCCUUUGACGUGGAGCAUCUGAUAUCUGAGGUUUACACCAGAAGCUCCCUAAGAGACCAAUACAAGUCCUGUGUGGUUUUAGGUUUCAGUAAGGGGAGUGUGGUGGUGGCCUUUAGUCUCAACUUUGCUCAGCCAGUGGGUGUUGAUGAGGCACAGCAACAGUUGGUUGAUGGGGUGCAGGCUGGUGGGGGAGGCAGUCAAGGGCCUCUGGUUAUUGAUGCUAACAGCAUCAAGAUCACAGAUGAGGAGGACAUCACUACCUCCCGACCGCCCAGUACAACUUAUCCUUCAACAAUGACUCCAUCACCCAAUACAACUCAUCCUUCAACAAUGACUCCAUCUACCAAUACAACUCACCUCCCCAGCACAGGGCAGCCCACCUCGGUUCCAGUGGAGUGUUCAGCUGGCCACAGGAGAUGUGACAAUGACCAAACGUGCAUCCCUAUAACGAGGUUUUGUGACGGAAUACAUGACUGUCCUGAUGGCUCAGAUGAAAAUGAAGAUCUCUGUGCAACUACAUGUGAUGGACAAUUCCUGCUGCUCGGCCCCACAGGUUCCUUCCACUCAAAAAAUUUCCCGCUCCCCUAUGACGAAGACACCGUCUGUCGCUGGGUCAUACGAGUUCAAAAGGGGCUUUCCAUACAAAUAGAAUUCCAGUCAUUUGACACCGAGGAGGACAUAGAUGUGCUCUAUUUAUAUGAGGGCACAGGCACCAACAAAAAUCUGACCUACAACCUAUCAGGUUCUUCCCCUGGAUCUGUGUGGAUCAUGUCCCAUGAGGCCACUGCUGAGUUUGUCUCAGACUUCAUCAAUAACUUCAAUGGGUUCAACGCCACCUAUAGAGGAGAAAGCCUUAGUGACCUCACCAAUGCAGAGAAGGUGAAUUGCUCUUUUGAGGAUGGCUUGUGUUUCUGGAGGCAGUACACCACAGAUGAGGGGGACUGGCUGCGAGCCAAUGGCCCCACCUUCCCCCCUUUCACUGGACCCAGCUUUGACCACACCCUGGGAAACCAGUCAGGGUACUACAUUGUUACGCCUGGAGGCCCUGGUCAAUUGGAGAGGAACUUCCGUAUUUACAGCCUUCCAUUGGCUCAUACAAAUGAGUCAUUGUGCCUAAGCUUCUGGUACCACAUGUAUGGAGAGGAUGUGCAAUCAUUGAAGGUAUUUGUGGAGAAUGAAACUGCAGUCAUGCUGAUCUUCCAGAAGGAGGGGAACUAUGGAGACCAUUGGAAUUAUGGACAAGCUACUCUGAAUGACACAAUGGAUCUGAUGGUGGUGUUUGAAGCCAAGAAGAGGAGAGGCAUAAGGAACGACAUUGCCCUGGAUGAUAUUGGCCUAACCCAUGGUCCUUGUGUAGAGGGAGUUUACCCAGAACCCACCCCUGUACCCAUCCCUACUACUCCUCCGCCAAUCCCCUCGGACUGUGGCGGACCAUUCCACCUUUGGGAGCCAAACUCUACCUUCAGCUCUCCCCAUUACCCAAACUCCUACAUCAGCAAAGCCACCUGUGUGUGGACUCUUCACACGGAGGCAGGGAGGAAUAUCCAGCUUCACUUCCUGGAUUUUGAUUUAGAAGCGGUGUUUGACACAGUGGAAGUGCGAGAUGGGCCGGAGUGGGAGUCAGAACUGCUGGGUGUUUUCACUGGCGGUGAUGCAACAUUUGCCGACGUGUUCUCCACAACCAAUCAGAUGACAGUCGUGUUCUUCACGGACAGCUUAGGAUAUGGCAGGGGAUUCCGUGCCAAUUUCACCUCUGGCUUUGGGCUGGGUCAGCCGGACCCUUGUGCUUCUGGGCUGUAUCAGUGCCAAUCUGGAGCAUGUAUCUCCAACACCAGUGUGUGUGAUAGCCACCCAGACUGCCCUGAUAUCUCAGAUGAAGCUCACUGUGUACAGCUUCAGUCAGAGAAUGGAACAAGUGCCAACAAGUUGCAUCUUCAGGUUCAGAACUCUUGGUAUUCUGUGUGCGCUGAGAACUGGACCUCAGAGCUCUCCAGCUUCCUGUGCCGCUAUCUGGGUUUCCGGGCAGGGAAUGCUUCUCUGGUAACCCUCUCUGAGGGAGACAACUCCUUUAUCACUUUGAGUCAGAUGCCCAAUGGAACACUGGACCUUGUACUGAGUGAUGAAUGUGCUGGUGGGAAGGUUAUAUCUCUACUCUGUGACAACAAGCCUUGUGGCACUCGAAUGGUCUGGCCCAAGUCAGGCCAUGGGCUAUCUGAAGGGGCAGGGGAUGAAGGAAUGGAGGUCAGAGGGAUGGAAGGAGGAGGGACCAGUAAGGAGAACAGCAGAGUGGUGGGAGGCAAUGACACACAGCAAGGGGCGUGGCCGUGGGUGGUGUCUCUACACUGGAGGGGCCACCAUGCCUGUGGGGCCUCAUUGAUUGACAAGGAGUGGCUGAUAACUGCUGCGCACUGCGCCUACGGGAGGAACAUUCACAUCUCUAACUGGGAGGCCCUGAUUGGCCUUCACUCACAAUAUGGCCCCGAGUCCCCCCACACACAGAGACUCCAGGUAGACCGCAUCAUCUUCAACAAGAGGUACAACAAAAGGACCAAGGAUAGUGACAUUGCCAUGAUGCACCUAGAGACACAGGUCAACUUCACAGACUAUGUCCAGCCCAUCUGUCUCCCUGACAGUGAUCAGCAGUUUGAACCAGGCAGGGUAUGUUUCAUCGCUGGCUGGGGAAAAGAAGCAGAGCAAGGUUCUGUAGCAGAUGUGCUGCAGGAGGCAGCCCUGCCCCUGGUGAACCAGAAUCUGUGCCAGAGGCAACUGCCUGAAUAUAACAUCACUUCCAGAAUGGUGUGCGCUGGAUACCCUGAGGGGGGUGUGGACUCCUGCCAGGGAGACUCUGGGGGUCCUCUCAUGUGCCAGCAAGAUGGACACUGGGUGCUAGUGGGGGUGACCUCAUUUGGGGUCGGUUGUGGCCGCCCACAGCGUCCUGGGGUAUAUGCCCUGGUAUCACAAUUCACUGACUGGGUGACAGAGGUCCGACGAAAUUUCUCGGCGUUUUGCGCUUCCAGUUAA